AUGUUUUCCCAGUUCAGUAUCCACGAGCCAAUAACAACUUCAUCAACACCAAAUGACACGGCCGAUAAGAAUAUAGAUGAUGAGCUUCGGUUCUUCAAUGCCAGUGCUUCUCGUCGAAGGUUAUUAUUAAAUCCUCCCUAUGAAUUAACUUUAAAAAUAUCAAAUCUAGUCUUACCUUUUCCAAAUACGCAAAAGUUGGAUCCGCCGCCAAGGCCACCAAACGCAUUUAUGAUUUUUCGUCGUGACUUGGUGGCUAAAUUAAAAAGUAUGAUGGAUAAGCCAUGGGAAGCAUUGCCUCAUAAUUCAAUUAUUUCCAAAGUCGCUGGAAGGCUUUGGGAUGAAGAAUCUAAAGAAGUUCGAAAUUUCUUCUAUGUUUUGGCAGAUAUAGCGAUGGAAGAGCAUUUAAAAAUUUAUCCUGGUUAUCGCUUUAAUCCAAAAAGCCGUCAAAAACCUUCUUCACCUGAAAGUGAAAUAGAUAUGCCUUUGACACCUAUGGAAUCUCGUACAAUAGCUAAAUGUAAUAUUCGUUCUAUUGAUGCAGCAGAAAGCUCGGCUGGGAAAAUUUCAGCUGAAAAUAAACGGGAAUAUAUUCCUAUUUCCGUGGAUAAUAUGAUGUAUGAUAACGGAUAUGUUCCACAAAAUAAUUGUAUCGAAAUGCAAAACAGCUCUUUUGAACUAGUAGAUUUCCUUUAUGAUCCUCCCGCUUGGUAUAUUCCAGAUGCUUUAUAUCCUACUCAAACUUUUGACAUCGUUCAUUCUCAAGAAAACAUACUUUCCUCAAAUAUAUACUCAAACUUAAACCAGUAA